UUCCUGUCACACACAUUCACAUAUGGCGAGAAUCAGCUGUUGGACGUGAAAAAUGCGAUAAAUUUAGCGAGAAUCAGAAAGAAAAUUUUCAUGUUGUAAAAAAUAAUCUCGCAAUUACAUUGACUUAAAAAGUGUCCACCUUGAUAACGCAAAAUAAGUUAAUAUGUCUGCUGCUCCUGAUGGUCAAUUGCCGAAAUUUAAGUACUCUGGUGAGGUACCAAAAUUGGAUAAAUCGCAAAUAGAGUUCAUGAAAAUCAUUGAGCAGCAGAAUUUGGUGCGUGUAGAAAAAUUGCGGCGCUUACGAAGAAAUAACCUAAUCACGGCCGGUAUUUUGGGAGCAUCCGUAUUGGGCAUCUAUGCCUACUCAAUGCUAUCAGUGCACCAAGAAGAUUUCUUAGAUGAUUUUGAAGAACCUAAAAAGGUGUCCAAACAAUAAACGCAGUAGUUACAUAAAGUUAUAUUAGUUUUAAGGCAUCCACGCUGAAUGAAAAAAAGAGGAGGAAGAGGAAGGUUGUUAUUGUUGUGUAAUUGCCUUUGUCCCUUUAAUUC